CGUGUUUUGUGGCCUUCUUGUCUUUAUUGCAUCCAUAGGCGAUUCAAUUUAAAUAAUAUUAAUUGCAACUUUUAUUUUUUAUAUAAAAUAAAUAAUAUUAAUCUAAGUUCUUUACGAAAAGUUUACACUAUUUUUAAAUAUUUAAUAUAUAUAUGUAAUAUAUUCUAAUAUGUUCUGUGUAAUUCUAAUCAAUAGUUCAUAAUAGUAGUCGGCCCGAUGUAUUUCUGUAUUUCCUAUAAUAUAUUUUCUAACAAAUAGGUUUUUUACUAAAAUCUAGUGACCCUUGUGAUCACUAUAUCUGUGACAAUGAACGAAUUUUAUAAUUUGUUUCCCAAUAAACAAGGCUUUAUCACUUUUGCAUUGUAUAUUAUACUAUUUGUCUUUCAAGGGGUAAUUGUGACUGCAUCAAAAACUGAAAAUGGUGGAUAUGAUUAUAACACCACUCUUGUUGUAUUCCUGUCUGAAUUACUCAAAUUGGUGGCAUCAACUGUCCUUUAUUCAUAUAGAAGAGAAAACAAGCCUCAAAUUUUCAUGGCAAUUGUCAUAAAUUAUAAACUGCUAUUGUUAUAUUUUAUACCGUCUUUAUUGUAUUGUUUCUACAACAAUUUGGCAUUUAUUAAUUUGUCACAUUAUGACCCAACAUCAUACUACAUUUUACUUCAAUUCAGAGUUGUCUUAACAGCUUUAAUAUUCCAGAUCCUAUUCCAAAAGAAGCUUACUUUUAUUCAAUGGAUAUCACUGGGAGUCCUAACUUUUGGAUGUAUAUUAAAAAACUUUGAUGCUGCAUCUGUCCAGUCAAAAGGAGACACUGAUUUUUUGUCUCAAAUAUUUAGUAUUUAUUUUGUUUCUAUUAAUUUUCAAAACUUUUGUUCUUGUCUAGCAGGAACAUAUAAUGAAUAUUUAAUGAAAACAAAAGGUUCUGAUGUAGAUAUAUUUCUACAAAAUGUUUUUAUGUACCUUGAUUCUGUCAUAUGUAACUUUUUUAUUCUGAUGUUUAAAGGGGAGUUGGGUGACGUCUUUGAAGAUUUUCAAUCUUUAGGUGAUAUAUAUGUGAUAUUAAUUAUAAUAAAUAGUGCAGUAGUUGGUAUUGUGACCAGCUUCUUUUUAAAGAAUCUUAAUUCAAUUUUGAAAACUUAUGCCAGUGCAUUAGAAUUAAUUAUAACCGCCGUUGUAUGUUAUAUAUUAUUUAGUAUACCUAUUACAAGGUAUACAAUAACGUCAAUCUGUUUAGUCAUAAUUGCAGUAGCAAUGUAUUUCAAAAAUCCUGUAAAUAAUACUGUUGUACCAAGUGUUUCAGAUGUCAGAGACAAAAAACCUCUUUUGGAAGUUACUACUUAUAAAUAAAAAGUAUUUAUAACUUAGUUAGAUUAAUAGGUUUCAUAUAAAUUCAAUUCCUAAGUAUUCGUAGUUAAAACAAACUCAAAUUGUAUUUAAAAUAAAAUUAUAUUGUUUAUAUUUUUAAGUAAUAACAGUAAGCUUACUCUCUUAUUAAUAAAAACGUCAAACCUCUCAUUUAUUUCCAAAAGUGACAUAACAGUCUAAUAAUUAAAGUAGCUUAGUAAAACAUUUUAGUUUUUAUGAAUCAGGGAGUUAGUUUAUUAUUUGUAAGUAUUGCUUUAGAACUUAGAUACCCACUUAUUUCUAUUUCGUCCUACGGCCUUAGUCACUGUAUUUUAUUUUAAUCUAAAAAAUUUCUUAUAUUUAUUUUAUUAUGCACUUACUUAGGUAAGUAAUGUAAAGUCUAGUGUGUACCUACGGUGCUAACACAUUUUUAAGUUAUAUUGUUAACAGAGAAAGGCCUAAAUAAUAAAUCGUGACUUACAUUAAAUAAUAAUUUUAUUUAAAUUACGUAUAAGAGGUAGUAUCUAAUUUAAGGCAAAUGUGAAUAGUCUAUUCGUCGGCCCGUCGUCAGCUCCGUCUGAGACCACAUCAUCGCUUUCCAUCAAAUAAGGUCGUGAUCAAUCGCGGGACCCCUUUAAUACCAAAAAAUCUACCAUUAACGCACCAAAAAUGCCAGUAUUAUUACAAGCAUCGUUGCAAAUAAUAAUUAUCUACAUUAGGCUUUACGUUUGGUAUGUAAUUAAAACUUCAUAACUUUAACUUACCGAAGUGUGGCAACAUCACAAUUAUCUGUCAAUUUUUAAAAACAAUAUUUUCGAUAUUUCUGACUAAUUAUUUUAAAAACACUUUUUAAAUAAUCCAUCGGAAAUAUCGGUAAUUAUGGAUUUGUUUUUGAGACAAAUUAUUGCUAUGUUGCCGCCACUUCAUCAAGCUAAAUUUGAAUGCUAUUAAGGUAGUCAUUAUUAUUAUUUGCCUUACUUGAUAUUUCGACUUAAUAAGUUGAUACACUAGUCAUGGUCAUAAGCAGUUUAUUACAUAUCGUAAAACGAUGAAAAAGUACUCAGUCGAAGAAACCGUUGGAAAUAGAUCUUUUAAGUCUUUCAAAUUUUCAAAUAUAAAUUUUUGUACAAAUAAUAAUGCUAGCAAUAGAACCAGUUGAUUAUUUUAAUAUUAAGUAAGAAGAUAGGUCAAAGCAUUCAUUACCUAUACAUAUAGGUAUUCAAAAUAUUCCUCCUACAACGCCACCACAUUGCACAAGACGUUUAGUGCACAAGUAUUUCAAUUUAUGCAAUAAUUUGUAAUUUAAUCUAUAAGCUUUUCACUAUUGUUUACCAUGACGUCUACGACCUAUUUAUUAGUAGUAAAUAGUUGUUCACACUGAACCCUUUCGAAAAUACCAUUUGUGACUGUGCUGCUAUUUGUGUAAAUUUUAUACAUCAGAUAACUACUUAAUUUAUAUUGGAUCAUUCUGCCAGCAGGUUACAUCUGUAAGAAACCUAGGAAAAAUGUAGCUAUAUCGAAUUGGAUUCAAACAGUUAACUUUUAAUAAUUAAAACACAUUCUUAUUAUUAUUUUAUAGGCACUUUAUUACUAUUAUUUUAUCUAUUUACAUGAAUUUACAUUGUUAACACAAUAAAAUACUUCAACGUCACUGAUAUAACCUUACCUAGUUAGGUAUUCUGAAUUAAAUGUUAAAAUUUUUGUGUCAUUCUAAAAAAAUGUCAAAUACAUAUACAUAUUACAAAAAUUUAAAGUAAAUAUAUAAGCAGUGCAAAACGUCGUGUGUUAAGAGGAAACGCAGAAUUUUCGGGAAUUUUGAAGAUUAGAUACUUUGCAAAUCUAUCGCUGUCGCGCCUUGCCCGGCAUUAACUAAAAGGGACAACAACUACAGCUCAGUUUAACAAAUACCUAUGACUAUCCAUAUCCAAUUUUCCAGAGACAAUACAUUUAUAUAGAAAAAAAAAAUGGUUCCCAUGUUUCCUCUUAAGGCUACGAUGACUGAAAUCAACUUUUGAUCUAGCGCAAGAAAUAUUUAAUACAGGUUUCGUAUUGUAAUAUAGGUAAGUAGGUAUGCACCUACGUACCUACCUAUAUAUUUUUAAAGUUGAAUGUAACAGUACUCAAUGCUGGUGGCACUUCUCAAAAUUAUUUUAAAAUCACACAUUGAUUUUCUGACACUUUUACCUUUUGAAACUUGUAUACUUCGAGCAUAAACCAUCACAUUAUAUUGUACAUAUGUAUGUACUGUACUACCCAGAUGUACGACUAUUUGUAGAUCAAAAAUUUAACAAUAAAGUAUAUACUUGCAUAUUGUUACAGUAACCAACUUGUCACUAGGGAUAAAACCAAAUGAUAACUAGUACAUAUAGUUGCAUCUACUAGUUACUAUUUACAUAUUUUUGCAGUUGACUGUACAUACCCCACACAAUAUUAAUCAAUCUCCUUAAUUUUUCCAAAAUUUUAGUAUCAACUAAAUAUUUUUAUUGUAACGUUUUUAAUAAGUAUUAACAAGGUAAUGUAUUUCGAGGGGCCGAUUCUGAAACGCGAUUUCUUUAAACUUAUCUCUUAACCUAUUAAUUUGAUAGUUUCGUAAAUAUACUAUUUUUUUGGAAUAUCAUAAACUAAAUUUAUAAUAAUUUUGACUUAAAUCUUAAAUGUAUAGUUCAUAUUAGUCCUUAGAAUAAUGAUUUCACUGUGAUAUCAAAUUAUAAUUUUAUUUUAGAGAUAGGUUUAAAGAAAUAACGUCUCCAAAUCGGCUCCACUAUUCAAAUAAGAAAGAAAUUACGCUGCUAAUAGAUUUAUUAUUAUACAAAGAGUUCUAAAUUAAUAUUGAUCUAAACUAUUUAAUUGUGCUCUUUUAGGGUAGAUAGGCCUGUCAGUAGUAAACUUAAAGUUAAUAUGCAGGAAUUGUGUAAGACUUGAAAAGAAUAUAGCAUAGCAAUCACGAAUGCAAUAAAAGUAGAUUACACAUACUCGAUCAUGUAUUAGUUUGAUAAUUAAGUGAACAAUGAUGUAUAAGGAUUUUUAUACUUACAUAUAUCUUGAAUACAGAGACGAAUUAAAUGUGGAAAAUACCCUAGGCAAGUACCUUAUAGGUGCCCUUCUAGCGAGCUAUAUAUAUAAAUCCAAUGACAAUUGUGUAAAAAAGAAUGAAGUUUUGUCUUGCAAAAUUAUCAAUAACAUUGUUAUAGUUUAAGAACAGCAAUAAGUUUAAUUAAAUGUUAAGUAUUGCUAACAAAUUUAAUGUCGUAUCUGUCAUGGUUGAACGAAAUUAUUCACUCUCUUUGUACUGGAAAAACUCCAUGCACCACUGCAAUUACUGACUGCCGUCAAUAACGCUCAUUCUUAAGGCUUUGUCAAUAUUUGGGUAAAUUAUAUAAUUAUCUUUUGUAUAAGUAAGUGCAUAGGUACCAGGUGAAAAUUCCGCGCUCUUCAUUGUGACCUCGCGCCUCUAGGGGCGUGCCUAGUUUGCCUUUGGUAUAAUCCACCUCUGUCUAAAAGUAUCUUAAGAUGGUGAAUAUACAUAAUAACAGGAAUAUACAUAAUAUAUAUAAUAACAGGAUACUCUGAUUACUAUAUUACAAUUCUUUACUCGUAUUAUUUGUGAUAAUCGCCGCUUUAUUAAAUACUGGGCCCAUAACAAUAAAAGCCGUGUUAAUAAUUUAUAACUAUAUAUAUAUAUAUAUAUAAAUAUAUAUAUAUAUAUAUAUUUAUGAUAUAAUUGUUAAUAACUCCCUAAGUAAGUCACAAGAUAAUCAGCUUUUUAUUCUUUCUCGUAAAUACUUUACAGGAACGUAUUUAUCAAAGAUCCGUUUGCCGCUUGUCUAGAAAAACAGAAUAUAUUCGGACUAAAUGCACUCGGUAUAACUUCGUAAAACAGUAUCUACAGUGAUAGACGUUACGACCGGACGGAUACACAUUACGAGCUUGGAAAGCAGAGGAAUAUAAUGCUCAGCACCAUUCUUUUUAUGAAGCUUAUAAAUUGUUUAAUCGUUAUUAGAAAGGAGUUUUAGUUAUACGUAGUUUAAUUUCUAUACAAUAUACCUUAGAACAGGGGGAGAGGAGUAAGUCUUUUACAUGAAUUACAGUUACAAUUCACUAAUGAAACUACUAGUCCAUUAAUAUGAUGUUAUCAGCGCGACUAAAUGUAUUGUAAUAAAUCACAGAAUCUUCAGGACUCUAUACAAUACUACAGAUCACACGCCAUAUAUAUGCACUCGAUUAACGACUGUCACGACACAACUAGCACCGGAGUUAUUUGAAUGCGAACAUUCCGAACAUACUCUGAUUAUUUCAAACUUCAACGGAGUCAAUAUGACGAAAUGUAUCGCAUGAAUUAUUAAUAGAACUCAAAUACCGCUAUGACGAUAAACGAGUCGGUACUUUUAUAUCAUAGAAUAGUAGUGAUGUAUUGUUUAUUAAUUAUAAUUGUGUAAAAUAUAAUUUAAUUAUUAAAUUAAAAAUAUAUUUUCUUUUUUUAUUUUAAGCCUUCUAGAUUAAUUAUGUGUUGCAAUCUCUAUUCGCUGUAAAUAUUUUAAAGCUGUGUGUAUAAACACUAAAGUAUAAUUUUACAUCACAGGCAUACAUAGUGUAACUCAGAAAUAGUUCAACAUUCCAAAAUACGACAAUUAUAUUAUUGAACUGAACGACUCUUGUGAGCAAAAUGACGGGCAUGCCGCAUACCCGCCAUUUUGCUUGGGACUGCCAUAUGAAAAGGGCAUACAGUAUGUUUCAUACAAAGUGAUCACAAUAUUUGGGUUAAAAAUAGUUAUCAAUAAUACAUGCCUUCAAUAAAGUUGUCCUUAAGAUUGUUUAGCUCCAUUAGUCAUUGGAUUUCAAAUUUACAUAACACUUUUUACAUAUUUUGUCUCUAAUAUUAUAAGUAGCAUCUAAUAUUUUGGAUUUGAUGUUUAAUAAUUGCAAUUCAUAUUGGUUUAUACAGUAGUGUAGUGACAUACUUCUUUCUGUAUCUGUGUGUAGCUGAUAGCACCAUCACUCCAUCUUUGAUUGAUAAGGCAUAAAGAUGAUUUAACAUCACAUGAUUUGGUUCAGGUAAUAAUGUUGGUUCACACUGAAAUUAUAUUUAAGAAUAGUUAUAUGUAGCUCAUAAUUGUUAUAGUGAGAUUGUGAAUAUGAUGUUCAUAAUAUUUAAACACUAUAAAUAUGUGAAUAUUAAUUUGAAAGCUGCAAGACUAGUCACAAUGAAAACAUACUUACCGAAAGGGGAGUAUCUUUAUUUAAAAUAACUUGCAAUAGAUGUGGUGGCAAUAUUGGAGGACCUGAUACUUUGUCCCAAGGUUUAGAUUGUGGAAUUUCCUGAAAUUUACAAAAUAAUAAUAAAUAAACAAUAUAAUCUAAUAAACAUUGUAAAAUUA